AUGGCGCUAAAAGAAUCUACAGCCGGGCAUUUCAAACAAGCCUCAAACGACAGCGAGGUGGAGUCGCAUUCUCCAGCACCUCAUCAAAGUGCAGCAGCAGCCAAUACGGCGAGGCGCAGCGACUGCACGGGCUCCGCGAGGUCCAGGGGCGGAAGCAGCCAAUACGGCGAGCGGUGCCUGUCCGGCGACCAUACGGCCUCCGCGGCGUGCUCGACCUUGCUCCUACGCCUCCUACCCGGGCUGGACCUCCCCCCGGGCGUCGUCCCCACCCGCAUCACCAAGCUCCCCAACGGCGUCCGCGACUCGGCGUCGCCUCCGAGGAUUUCCAGAUUUGACAGGGAGCAGCACAGGGAUGGCGAUUUUUGGCAGCUCUGCUCUGAUGAUGCCGUCAGAGCACAGCUUGCUCGUUUUCAGCAUGAGGAAGAAGAUGAUUUGACAGGGAGCAGCACAACUUGCUUGUUUUGUUUCUCUGUAGCAAGUUAUUCUAUAAAUACUGAACACUAUGCAAGGAAAUCAGCAGCUGCCAUUGUUCAAGAAUCAAAUUAUUGUAUGAAUUCUGAACAUUUGCAAAGAAACUGUUGCUCCUUUGGAUCGAUGCCGGAGGCGGGACUGACUGACUCACCGCUGUUUCUUCAUCCGCAACACGUUGAGAUUAACACCGAGGCUCCCUGCCGUUCACAGCGUCUUGCCAAGUACAAUACUACAACCAGCUUGUGAGGAUCGAGGAGGAGCUGGGCGACGCUGCGGUGUACGCUGGCCUCAAGUUCGCCUGACUUCCAUCAAAGUGUAAUCAUGUUGUACACAGUACACUGUUCUCCAUCGGCGUCGACUCCCAAGGUAGCAUCUUCACUUAUUCAGUUCAGACAUGCAGAGCAAAAAAUAUGUGGCCAGCUGAAUUCUAAAUAACGACGUCAGUUCAGACAUGUUAAGAGAAUCAGCAGAUUUCAUUGUUAAGAGAAUGAGCUAAUUCUCUGAAAAUCGUUUUGUUUUUCUGUAGCAAAUUAUUGUAUGAAUUGUAAACAUUUGUGCAAAGAUACUGUUGCUCUGAACAUUAUUCAAACAACAGAGAUAGAGCACAGUCUAUUGGUAUAUACAUGAGCAUUAAGCUAGGAGAAUUCUUAGCUAAUCCUUGAUGAGACAUUGGUGUGCUGAAUUAUCUCUGUUACCCACCAUAAUUUAUUUUUUUAUAUGAAAUAUGCAUGCUUGUA